AUGCCUGCCGAAGCGCCUAGGCGGUUUCAAGGCGACGGCUUUGACUAUCGCAGGCCGGUGGUCUCCUCUAACAAUGUCAUUGACCUCACAGAUGAGGAUGUGGGGCCGUCAACGACGCCAAGUCAAUCGCAGCAGCCGAGCUUUCGGACAGCACGCCCACCACGCUUUGGACGGGAGAUUAUCGACGUAGAAGAGGAGGCCUCAAGCGGGGCUGCGGAUGGCCCAGACUCCCCGGAAAUACAAUUUGUCUUAGCACGCCGAAUCGAGCCUGCACAACAGCGCACACCCUUCGAACUAGACGAUGACGACGAAGACGAGGUGGAAUUUGUGAGCGAGAACCCGUUACCAGAUUCAGAUAUGCGAAGGAGCAUGACCGACGAGGUUGCAUACCUGCUUGAUGACCCGGCUUAUCGGCCCCGGGUCGAACACUUACGAGAACGAGUGCAGCAGAUGGCAGGCGAUCGCAGGAGGGCCCGGGAUGUGCAGAUAGCCAGGGUGGAACGGAUGUUCGCCGCGGCUCGACGUCAGAGGACUCCCCAUCCACUUAGGGGUGUCCGUGUGCACCCGGCGCAAGUGCGGUUGGAAGCUGGACAGAGGAACACGCCUGCCAGACACAUUCAUGUUGGAUUCAUUGCGCCGGCCUUGAACUUUGGGGCGGUUGGAUUCGACAUGGGAUUUGAAGGCGGACCUGCUCAGGCGCCGCCACCGCCUCCCCCUACAUACAAUGCGCCCGCGUUGGCUCCAGAAGGUUUCACACGGAGUCCGCAAGAGGAGGACGUCCUGUUGUGCCCGAACUGUGAGGAUGAGUUGUGCGCUGGGGACUCGGAUCAGAAACGCCAGGUUUGGCUUGUCAAGGGCUGCGGUCACGUCUACUGCGGCGAGUGCAUGAUGAAUCGCCACAUCAAGAAGAGCGCAAAAGGCAAGGAGAAGCAAGCACCAGCCCGCACGAAGCCGUUUAAGGAAUGUGUGGUGGAGGGCUGUCAGAAGAAGGUGUCGCCCAAGAAUGCUGUGAUCCAGGUUUUCCUGUGA